AUGGCUAUCGUGUUUAGAAACUCCGUCACUCCCGCAGAAUGGAGGCGAGGUCGUCUGCUAGGGUCGGGCUCGUUCGGCCGCGUGCACAUGGCAGUCGACAACGCGUCGGGCGAUUUUUUCGCAGUGAAGUCCGCAUCGUCGCAAGCGUCGCCGGCGUCGCCUCAGCAACAAGAACGGUUGAGAAACAACAAUGGCGCGGUCGAAGCUUUGGAGAACGAGAUCUCCAUUCUCUCCACUCUCGAGUGCGAGCAGAUCGUGGGUUUCCGCGGCGCGGAUUGGACGCAAGAAGGUGACGCAAAGGUUCGCAACCUGUACUUAGAAUACGCUGCGGGCGGCUCCGUCGCGGGGCUUUUGAGAUCCCCAUCGGGGCGCUACCGCGGGCUCGAUACGUUGACUCUGAAAAAGUUCACUAAGGACGUUGUUAAGGGGCUCUGCUACCUUCACGAACGGAGCGUCGUUCACGGAGACAUUAAGAGCCUAAAUCUGCUCCUCACCAGCGAUGGCCAUGUGAAGAUCGCCGAUUUCGGCGCCGCCUUCCGCGUCAGCAGCACCGCCCCCGCCGCCGCCGCCGCCGCAGCCGCCACCGCCACUGCAGCGGGCGCCAGCUCGGGCGGAGUCGCGGGUUGGUCCGCUGCCGCCGCCGCCGCCACCGGCGCAAGCCACGGGCUCCGCGGAACGGCGAACUGGAUGGCGCCGGAGGUGGGGCGCGGGGAGCAGCAGACCCCCGCCGUCGAUAUCUGGUCCUUAGGAUGCACUGUGCUCGAGAUGGCGACCGGUCGUCCCGCGUGGUCCGACGUGACAGGUGGCAUGUUCUCCGUGCUUUACGCUGUUUCCUGCACGGAUGCGAUGCCACGAAUUGCGGCGGAGGUUCCGGCGGCGGUGCGCGGGUUUAUUGAUUGCUGCAUGCGGAGGAACCCUGCGGAGCGGUGGACUGCGGCGGAGCUCCUGGCGCAUCCGUUCCUCGCGGAGGUUGCGGAGGGGGGAGAGGGGGAGGAAGUCGCGGGCGCGGCGGGCGCGAGCGCGCGGAAAGCGGCGCUAGUUUGCGCCACUCCCCGCUCCCCGACCUCCCCGUUCGACUUUGGUCUCGAUUCCGAUUCCGAUUCUGAUUCGAUCGCACCAGCGGCAGCAGCGGUGGGUGGGAAGAGCGAAUCAUCUAAGCGCAAGCGGUCUUACGACGAAGCAGAGAUUUCCUCUAAUGAGAUCGAUGACGUGGCAGACCGGAAGCGUCAGCGCGACGUUUCGGCGGAGCAGAAACAGUCGUUUCAGUGGCCCAAGCCCGUGUUGUGUCCCGCCGCUGCUGAUUGGAUCGUUGUCCUCGCGCUGCGACCCGUCGUUGACGCCUAA